GCCCCAAUUGUAACCGCCUUUGGUUUCCAAAUCCCCGAUACCCUUUUUAUUUCCGAUUCCGCCUCCGUUCCCUUUUCUCCUUCGAAAUCGCCCUCUCCCUCUCCUUCUCCAUACCAUUCGACGCUCUCGAGAAACGAAGAAGCAAAGUUUUAAAAAAAAAGGGGAAGGGAGAGAUGGCAGGGAAAGGAGGAAAGGGUCUUCUGGCGGCAAAGACGACGGCGGCGAACAAAGACAAGGACAAAAAGAAGCCCGUCUCCCGGUCCUCGCGAGCUGGGUUGCAGUUCCCGGUUGGCCGGAUCCACCGGCAGUUGAAGUCAAGGAUCGCAGCAAAUGGUCGUGUGGGAGCCACUGCAGCUGUGUAUUCAGCAGCAAUACUGGAGUAUCUGACAGCGGAGGUGUUGGAGCUUGCAGGGAAUGCUAGCAAGGAUCUUAAGGUGAAGAGGAUCACCCCACGCCACCUUCAACUUGCCAUCAGAGGAGAUGAGGAGCUUGAUACCCUCAUCAAGGGGACCAUUGCAGGGGGUGGUGUCAUUCCCCAUAUUCACAAGUCCCUUAUCAACAAGUCUUCAAAGGAAUGACCAUGCUAAGUUCUUUAUAUAUAGCAAUUUGUUACUGUUAGUGCCCAUGUAUGUCUUAGAUGUUUGCUUUUUAAUUCUAAUUGUGUACUUGGAGGUUUAAAUUAGAACAAGGUUAAACUCUUAACUAGCGUGUAGACUGGUGUUUGACAUUUGGUUUAUUGUGUAUAAUUUAACUACAAUUUCAAGUGCUUCUUAUUGCUCAAAAAGUUACA